UAAGAUUUAGCCAUUGAAGGUUUAAUGUUGAACGCGCGUGGUCUCUCCACGGGACAAUCUUUGCCUAAUAAAUUUUAAAAACAAUAAUAUUUUUUUUGUUGACAGUAGAACAACUAAAUCAUAAUCAAACGUGUCUCAGAAUAAAAACGUUCUUUUUUUGAAUUCGUUUUAACAUAAAAUUGCUGGUUUAGUUGCCGAAAGUUUCUGGAUUCGAACUUUUAUUUUUAAAAAAAUACCAAGAAACUUUUUAAAUUAUUCAAUUAGGGUUCAAGUAUAAUUAGUUUACUCUUCAAUUUUUUAAUUGGACGAUAUUAUCUGAACCAAUAUUGACUUAAGUGUUGUGAUUAAUCAUUAAUAUCGAUGUAUAAAACGUGUUAAUUUUUGAAUAUUAUUUUAAUAUGAUUUUUUUAAAAGUCUACCAUAAGUGCAAUUGUUUAUUGACAAUUUUAGUGUUGUUUUUUGUAGUGUAAAUUGUUGUAUUUUUUUAUGUAGUGUAGAUUUAUUGUACCUAACAAAAAUGAAGAUUAAUCUAGCAUCAUCGCUAAUUCGACAGUAUGCUGCGGUCAUUACAGUAAACCUCGGAGUAGUGUCAACGGGGAUGAGUCUAUCAUGGCCCUCCCCUAUGCUGGUGAAGCUUCGGAACGAAACGGAGACGACCUUGUCUAGGCCCAUCACUGAGGAGGAAGGCUCGUGGAUUGUUUCCGGUGGAUUCUUGCUUGGUAUAUUAGGUAAUCUCGUAGGCGGAAUGCUGCUGGACGCUGUGGGCAGGAAGUAUUGCUUCUUACUGCUGUCACUGCCAAAGUUCCUCAUGAGUAUGCUCUUCAUCUUCGCGACUGAAGUGUGGAUGUUGAUCUUCGGGCGAGUCAUUAUGAUUAUGACCGACUGCUUCCUGUUUAUGGUAGUCCCUAUCUACGCUUCGGAAAUUGCCAGUAAAGACCAUCGCGGCUCGCUGGGCACGCUCAUGCAGAUCUUCUCCACCCUCGGCAUCGUGGUGACUCUAUCAGUGGGUCCUUUCGUCUCCUACACUACAUUCAACAUCGUGUUCGCUAGUGUCAUCGCUGCCAGCUCUCUGCCCGUUCUCCUCUUGCCUGACAGUCCUUUCUAUCUCUAUUCUAAAGGUCGCACAGAAGAAGCGUUGGAAGUGCUAUUACAAUACCGAGCAUCCGAAGUGGAAGCCAAACAAGAAUUGCAAGAAUACCAAGACUCAGCGAACAAUGUCGAAAAGAUUGACAAGAAAAAGCUUUUAAAGACAAAAACAUUCUUGAAAUCAUUAGCUCUAGGCUUCCUUCUGUUCGGAGGCAGCCAGCUCGUCGGCUUCAAUGCUGUUCAGUUCUACUUGCAAACGAUUCUCGUGUCGACCAAGACGAGUGUGAAACCAGAAGUUGCAUCAGUUGUGAUUGGAUUGAUACAGUUGUUUGCAAGUUUUUGUACGCCGCUGAUUUUGACGAAAUGCGGAAGACGGCCUGUGCUGAUCGGUUCUUUGAGUGGGAUGUUUUUGGGAAUGGUCGGAUUGGGCACAUUCUUCAAGCUCACGGAAGCUGAAGACGUUGAGAUCAGGGGUUUCCUCAACUUCCUUCCCAUCAUUUCGCUGAUCAUCGUUAUUUACUGCUAUAGCGCUGGUAUCGGCUCUAUAGUGUGGUUAGUAACAGCAGAGGUGUUCGACGGACCGUCCCGAGCAUUCGGCAUAUCCAUCACAUCCAUAUCAACUGUGGUGGCUAUAUUCUUCACCACCAAGUACUUCGCUCUGAUGACGUCAGCGCUAGGUCCUCAUGUCACGUAUUGGCUCUUCAGUGCCGUGUGCGUUGUGAUUGGCACUCUGAUAGCGUUGUUCGUGCCGGAGACUAAGGGGAAGACAUUUAGUGAGAUACAGAGAGAUUUGGGAGGUGAAACAGAGGAGAAACAUGAUAAGGAGAGAGCGUAAUUGAGUCGAUACAAUUUUUUUUUCUAAGAAAUGAUUGAUCGAUCAAUGGAAGUUAAUGAAUCGAUUUGAGAUUUACAAGUUUUUUUUCUUGCGUCGUUUAUAUUAUAAACGACGCAAGAAAAAAUCUUAAACAAUUAAAAACGACUUUCACCCAUCUGUUUAAUGUAUGAAAAAUGUUAUAGAUCAAAAUUAGGAUGUUAUAAAAUAUGUUGCGAGGGUAGUUUGUCUCAAAAACUCAUUAUUGAUAGACAAUUAUAGGUUGAUCAGGAUUUUUUUAAAAAUAAAUACUCGCAAUAUGUUUAAGACGUAGUAAAUUUUAAAUAAAAUACUAAAUUAGUGAAUAGACCAUCAGAACAUGAGGAAAAAUUAUAUGAUAUGACAUUUACUUUUCUGUUGCCAUAUACAAAACUUAUGUAUCAAUAAUAAUUAGUUAUAUUGUUAUUCAUUAUGUUUAUAUAUUUAACAUAAGCUACAAUUUUCAGCCCUUUUAGUUCUAAGUUAAUAUAAAGUUAAGUAUAAAUUAAAAUAGUAUAAAGUGUAAAUUAAAAUUUCUAAGUUAAGUAUAAAUACUAAUUGUUACUAUGAACUUAGCUGUGUUUCUAUAAAUAUUAUUGUACUAGUGACUAAUUGUAAUAUAUCAAUUUAUAAGUAUUGUGUAAGUUAUAUUUUGUGAAUUAUUUUUAUUAUUAAAUGUCUCGAAAUAUUUAAAAUGUCUCUUUUUCCUAUUUAAAAUCCAAUUUUUGGUAGUAGGGGUCAAUAAAGAAACGUUUUAUUACUAUGCAAUUCAACAAUUUUCUUAGGUAUCUUGUUAAACCCAUUAUAUUUCUCAUAUUAGAAGAAGAAGAAGAAGAAGAAGAAAUAUACUUUAUUGUACAUUAAAAACAAAAAUAAACAAUAACUUAUAAUAAAAUACUUAGACUUAAAAUAAAAUAAAAAAUAUCGUAUAAAGUGACGGGUAGCAGCGACAGUGAUUGCACCAUCAUUUUAUGGUAGAGGAAACACCUCGAACAGAUCCCAGGACUUGUGACCAGGGUGUGGGUUUAAGGGAUCCCUUUAGAAUGCAUUAACACUCACCUCCCCUUCCACUCUAAGCAAUUUAUGAUCAAUAAUUACAACACAAAACAUUAUGGUACGAAAUCACUAACGCGACUAGCAGCGUGACGGUGUUCACGCUGCCUAACAAAGAACUGGACUUGAAUCAUCAACCCUUUUAUUUAUACUAUCGAUGUCGUAACAACUUUAUACAAUUACCUCCUUUUUAUCUAUAAGUACCUUAUAAUAAAUCUGUAGACAGGUUAAUUCUGUAGAUUAAAUACAUUUCCAAAAUAACUAUCAGGGGGUGAUUAGUGAUCGAUACUGAUGUUAAAAAUGCAAUCAGUAAAAUUUUUGUCUGUCUGUCUGUCUUUUCGUUAUAGAAACAAAAACUAUUCGACGGAUUUUAACAAAUCUUGGUACAAUUAUUCUUCAUACUCUAGAGCAGGUUAUAGUAUGCUUUUCAUUACACUACGAUGAAUAAGAGCAGAGCAGUGAAGGGAAAAGUUGGGAAAAAGGGAGAAGUUACUCCAUUAUAUUAAAUAAAUAAUAUUAAUAAAUUAAUAAUGAACUGAACUGAACUAAACUCGUAACACACGGUCAUGUCAUGUCCGUCUUUAUUAAUAAAACCAAAAAUUAAAAAAGAAACAAAGUUCAUGUAAAAAGGCACCUUUAUUUUACAAAAAAAUAUAUAAAAAGAGUUACAACAAAAUACAAACAAGUAAAUUUAAAUUUAUUACAUAAAUCACAUAUGUUUGGGGUAACCUAACCCUGUAACCUAUAUCUUAAAAAUAAACAUUUUUAUUACAAUUUUAAUGCUGUGAUACCAUAAAGCUAAUAUACAAGCUAUAUACAGCUACCCGAGAGCUAUAAGCUCUAUAUUACACCGUCAAGCAUUAAAUAACAUGCGCUUUAAACAUCUAUCAUCAUUAUUAACCCAUAUUCGGCUCACUGCUAAGUUCGAUUCUCCUCUUAGAAUGAGAAGAGUUAGGACUAUAGUCCACCACGCGGGCCCAAUGCGGAAUGGCAGACACACACGCAGAAAAUUAUGAAAAUUCUCUGGCAUGCUAUAAGGAUGAA